UACUAGCAAGAAAUUCCAAAGAGGCAAAUCAAGCAAGCAGGAGCUUUUACAGAAGCAAGGCAACCCCGUCCCCUUCCCUGAAAAAAGGUGGAAAUUUCAUCUGCAGCUGAUGAUUGUAGAUGGUUCUUCGCCACUACCUUUAAAGAGGAGGAGAUUCACUAAUAUUGAUUCCAUGGAAUCUGCAUCAGCUAAAGCUAAGCUUGCUGCUGCAAAAGAGAAAUUUGGACGAGAAAUUCAUGUCUUUGAAACUGAAGGACCAUCGCCAAUACAAAAUGAAGUGCCCAGCACUGAGGAGUCGGAUGACUUCUACGAGUUCACAGCGGAAGAUUAUCAUCAAGUAAUGGCAACUAAAAAGGAAGAUAACUACUUGAAGACACGAAAAACUCGGGAAGCAGAGGAGGCAGCCCGCAGAUCAAGAGUAACAAAGGCUGUGAUAAGGGUCCGCUUUCCUGAUAACCACACAUUAGAGGUCACAUUUCAUUCAUCAGAAACAAUUCAGUGCUUGUAUGACCUUAUCAUGAAAGUGAUUUCUCGACCAGAUCUACCGUUCUAUUUAUAUACUACUCCUCCCAAGAAGCAAAUAAAGGACAUGACACAAGAUAUUUUCUCUGCUGGUUUCAUUCCGGGUGCAAUUGUGUAUUUUUCAUAUGAUCUCCCAAAAGGUGACGAUGCCACAGCUGCCGAUUCAGCAGCCUUCCUUCUAGACGAAGUCAUGUCUUUGAAAGGUUUGGAGGUCAUAGCUAAUGCUGAGCAGGCAGAGGCAGUUCAAUCUGCCCCAGAACCUGGUGUUGGUGUCAGUACAGUACCCUUCCCUAUUGCCCAAACCAGCAAGCCGAGCGAGAAAAAACCUGGGAGGCCAAAGUGGUUUAAAAUGUGAAUCAAGUUUAUUAUUACAAUUUCAUAUAUCUCCAUAGUGAUACUGAUUCUUGGCCACACUGAGUCGAUCAAAAUGCCAGAUGACUAUAUAAGAAAAGGAGAAAGUUGUUAAAUGGUGUUGAGCAGGUGAUUCUUUUAAAGUCAAGGGUGUUAAAAUUUGCAAAAGAACAUCAAAUGUGAAUACUUGUUACAACUUCAUUCAUAAUCUGAUCCCUUCCCUCUGUUUCAUUCUUA